GGUUCAAACACAAUGCAAAAUGCUUUGCUAAUUACGCUGAAUCAGAGAGAGGAGAGAGAGAGACGUCGGGAUGGAGAGAGAAGCGAGGAGGAAGAAGAUAGCGUCUCAAGGGAACGAUCGUAUGGCAUUGAUAACGGGCCGGAUCCAGAACCGUGACCCGAACAUUUCCAGGUCGUGCUCAUUCUCCAGAUAUACAAAUGAAGACGACGACGCUAUCUUUCAGGAUCACCGAAAUGGUGGAAAUGAUGUGCCUGAUGCACAAAUAAGCCAUGAUAAUUGUGAGGAAGUUUCUAAAGCAAAUGCAUCAGGAAUCAGAGUUUCUGAUCUGCAGAAGCCUGAGCAAUCAUCUCUUGUCAAUUCAAGUGUUUCCAACGCUGCAGACAAAGCAAAUUUUCCUGACAAACCUUCUGAAUACCAUCGAGGUUUUAUAACCCCCAAACAAGUAAUUUUCAGUAUUAUCUCCUCAGAAGACACGCGAGCUAUCUGUACAUUUGUGAUAGCCGUUCUUGUAGUUCUGUCCCACGUUAAUCUUCCACACGAUGUCGUAAAAUCAAAGAGCCUUAUUGCUUAUAGGCCUCUCUACGCAGUCUUGUUAACAGACAUGUUGAUAGUGGCUGCAAGAUUAGCACUUUAUGCCCAAGGACAAGAGGUCGAUAGCCAACCAAAUAUUGAGGUCGAUGGAUAUAACUGGGUAGGAGCCAUUAAGAUGUUGGAAUGGGGAGUGGUUCUGCAUCAUACACUACGUGCUAUCUUAAUAGACUGCAGCUUUUACUUGGCGAUUGUUGUAUGUGGCCUUUCUCUAGUGUAAUGACUCUUGCAUUUGUGAAAAUUCGGCUCCUGGACUUGGUCUCAUCCAAUGUGGUUAUAACUUUGGGGUCACCGGGAGCCCCCUGGACUGGAGAAGCUUUGCUUUGAUGAGUUACCAGGCAUCAUUAAUGAUGAAAUUCCGGAAUAUGAAUGCUAACAUUCACUGGUCUAUGUACUUAGUUUCCACUUUAGAUGAUAUAUAUUAAUAACUAGUUUCA